AUGAAGGAGGCAAUUGACAACAAUAACAAUAUUAUUGAAAGCAAAGACAGAGAAAUUAAACAACUGCAGGAAAAACUAAACCAACGUAAUGAAUUCGUCAUCGAGCAACAAACAGCUCAGCUAGAUAUCUACAAUAAGGCAAUCAAAGAGCUUAACAGCAAUGUGUUAUCGAUAAAAGAAGAAAUGGGUAAACUCAAGACUAAUGAUUGUGAAAAUCAGUUGGCGGAACAAAGGAAAUCAAUUGAUCAAAAGGACCAACAAAUAUUCAAAAUCGAUAACGAAAACAACAUGUGCACCAAGAAAUUAACAAGCUGCGAAGAGAAGCCCGAUUGCAGCAGUUUUACUUACAUCGCAGGUGAUCCGGAUGUACUUUAUGAUAAUGCGACAGCAGGUCCUGGCUGGAUUGUUAUCCAACAGCGAAUCAAUGGCAAAGAGGACUUCUAUAGGAAUUGGGCCACAUACCGUGCCGGCUUUGGAAGCUUUGAAGGCGACUACUUCUUAGGGCUUGAGAGGAUUCAUCGCUUGACGAGCGCCCAACCCCAUGAGCUCUACAUACAUAUGGAAGGAUUCGAUGAUAACAUCACAUACUACAGAUAUGAACAAUUUGCCAUCGCUGGAGAGAACGCUCAAUACAGACUGAACCUCUGUGCACAUACGAUCACAAUAAUUGUAACUGUGGCCUCAACUGCGCGCAUUCAGACGUACGUCGUGGUGGCUGGUGGCACAACAGCGCUUCAAUUUAAAUGGCAAAUUCUCUGA